AUGGAAGAUAUUUGCUUCGAAAUAUCUUCUAGCGUUUCAAAGGCGCUUCCAGCCUUUGUCAAACAGCAGUACGACACAGAUUGUAGCAUAUUUUUAGAUUUCAUCGAAGAACGUUGGAAAAAUGCAGAAUUGUCGUCAAUGCUUACCUGCAUCGACAAGUAUCUACAGUAUACCUGCGGCGAAAAUAGCCAACCGACUCUAGAACUAAUGAACAUUUUGUAUAAUAAAAAUGAGUCUGAACUUGACCAAGUAUCGAUAUUUCAGAAUAAGCUGUCUUUGAAGCUAAAAGUACGCUCGUGUAAAUUAUUAAACUCUAUUUUGGAAUGCUGCGUACAGCUUUUAUACUCCAUCUGGGAAAAUGGAUGCAAAGAUAGAGCUGAACACUUUAAUAAGAUAUUAGAUUUCGUAAGGAUUGAAGUGAUUCUUAAGGCACUGGAGAAUUACUUUAGCCCCGACUAUGCACAUAGAAUGGCAGUGAGUUACAAUAAAAGAAGGUCCUGGAUAACCUCCUUGGUGAGACUAUCAUCACUAAUAAGAAGAAUUUGGAUAUUUAGAAGAGAUAUCGGAAACUUUCUAAUUAAUUAUAUUUUGCGCUAUAAUAAUCAGGACUUCUCAGAUUUGGAGUCCACUCAAAAUCAUACAAAUUUGACUUUCUCUGAACAUUUGUCAGAUGUUUCAAGUCCAGAUGAACCAAUGAGUGAGGAAUUUGUUAAAGAAUUAAGUAAUAUUGAAAUAGAUGUGGGAAAUUGUGUAAUAUUUUACAAGAUCCGUGUCAUACUAUUGUUGUGUCCGAACAGCACGCUUUAUGAUUUACUAGUUAACGGAUUACUGUUUAAGUGGUGGGACGUGGUGAACGGAGAUAUUGUACCAUCAUGGCACCCAGUGUUCUUAACAUUUUUCUUCAGAGCAGCUAAGUUUGGCUGGGCUACAGACCAGUGUGUGUGCCCAUACUUUAAGGGUAAAAUACAAACAAUAUUCAACAUCACACUCAAUUCGUUCCUUUUGCCAAAUAAGCCAAAACUUGAAAAGUACAACGAAAUCAUGCCAGGAGAAUACACAUGUCUUUUACCCAAGACGUUUAAACUAUUUAAAAAAACAGCUAAACUCCUGAUUUUAAUACUUCAUGAGAAUGACCUGUGCACUAGUAAGUUUAGAUCAUCACUAUCACUUAACCAUGAGUCAGAUGCCAUAACGUCAAAUGGAGUAGAAUUGUCUGACAGUGUGAGGGAAGAGACGGGAGAGUUUGAUGAAUCAUUCGUGGAUGAUGAUCCGGAUGAUAUAUUCACAAGUUUAAAACGCUUGAUUAAUAUUCUGUACCCGUACGCACACCCAUCAAGUAGCGGAAAGUGGUCACAUAGUAUAUCACUAUUUCUAAAAUACCUAAUAGUGUCACAUUCAAGAAAAUUGUUAAGACACAAGUAUAUCAAUAAAGGACUAGAAACGGAUGCGAGCGAGUCUGCGGAGGGAGGAGAUAACAUUUGUGACAUGUUGUACACAAUUAGUCUGAUUGGAAUAUAUAAUAAGAAUAUGAAGAUAUGUAAUAAUUAUGAAAUCAUCAUAAGGAACAUAUGUUACAUUAACAAGGAAGAUUAUUUAAUCAGGGUUGUGGAGUAUUUUACGGAAAGCCUGACAGAGUGCGCAGAACAUAACAGGCUACUCACGUCAAUAAGGGUGAUAAUACAACUAAUACCACUGAUUGUAAAGCACAUGCCACAUAUUAUCAUGAAUUUGUUUUAUACGGCAAUUUCGUACAUUGCACUCUCAGAGCCGUUCAUUAAUAUACAAAUACUCCUACUAAUAUCCCUGAUGCUGGAGUAUCUCUUCAGUAUUAAGAAUAACCUUAAAAGCCUAAGUGAGGAUAAUAAGAUUAGUCUGUUGACACCGAAGGAUAGUUUGGGACAAGAAAAUGCAUUUGAAGGAUCAAAUGAAGCCUCGGAGGUAUAUGAAGAGUUGAUGCUGCAGUUGAACGAGUUCAGUAUAGUGUACGUGGACAAGGUUCUAGAGUUAUACGAGAAUAUAAAUGAGGUGGAUUUGAAGGGAAUGUCACUGAUGAAUAACGUAGACGUGUCAAUUUACAUAUUGAUAAAAUCGACAAUAAUCAACCUCCUGUCAGUGGUGGAUGACCAGACGAUGUCAGUAAUCCUGAACAAGUUAAUGAAGUUUAUCGACGAAUAUUCUUAUAAACUGAGCAUAAUUAAGCAUGUUACGUCAAUUUUAUCAAGUAUUUCAUAUUUAAAAGGUAUUGGACAUACAACCAAGUUGAUGAUCAAUAAUGUACAAGGCUUAUCGGAAGAUGAUAAGAGGUUAAGAUUCCACUUAAAUUGUUUGAUUUCAGCAAUUAGAUACAAUUUCAACAGUAAUUAUUUCAGCGAAAUUGUGGAAGUAAUUACCAAAGGUUUGGAGUACAAGGACAAACACGUUUACAAAUUAGUUGUAAAACUCAUUUAUAGACUCAACCAGUCAAUAUAUAACGUAUAUACCACAUCAAACUUACCAACAAAAGAGUCAAUGAAUGGAGUUGUGGUGGAUAAUGGAGAAGCCUGUAUUGGAUGGUAUGUGCCCACAAUGGCCCAAUAUGAAAUGUACAAACGGCUUGUAUUGCUAUUAAUGGAUUCAAUUAAUGGAAAAUACAAUGGGUUAAAGGAUAAGAAACAGACUGAUGACACUACAGAUGACGAUAUUCUCAAGAUUAUAACACUAUCCAAAUAUCUAGUCAAGUCCAUAGUACUCUUUGACAUAGAAAUUAAAGACAAAGUUUUUCAUAACAAUGUCUCUCAGAUGAGCCAGGACGUGAGUGAGAAUGGAAUGGAAGUGGAUUCUGAAGACCGAAUGAUUUUUGACUACAACAAAGUUGUUAAAUGUUUGAAUGGACGAGUUGGGGAUAAUUUUACACUGAGAGGAUUAGUGGAGAGAUAUAUUAUGGGAGUGGUGAGUAAAAUAUAUAAAAAAGUUGAUGGGUCAGUGGUGAGUGAGAAGUUGACCAAGUUCAUUAACUUUUUAGCCUCUAAAAAUUACUUCUCAACAGACAUUUCAAAUAAUUAUGACUUCAUAUUCAAUUUGAAGCUGCAGAAUAAUGUGUCAAUCACAACCACAAAACCAAUGCUCAAAUACAUAUCAUUUCACUGCGGACUAACAAAGAAUUCAUACCUCAUGGAUAUUAACUUCAGCUCAUACAUGACAAUAGUACAGGACUACUAUUACAACUUCAUUAACCUCAGAAAGAUAAACUAUAACAUGUUACGAAAUAGGGUUGGACUAAAGCAGUUGGAUAAGGCUGAUGAAGUAACGAAUCUGGACGACAAACUUGAAGUAAAGAAGUUGAAUAACGCCGAGGUUAAAGGUUUGGUCGAUUUAGUGGUGGUAAAAAUGUGUGAAUUAAACUAUAAAAAUGUUGUUAACAACAGCAUAAUGAUCCUGAAGAGUGUGACGAUGAUCCAUAAGAACAUGAAGUAUUAUGUUCUAUCAAGUGUGUUAAAGGAGCUGGUUGCAAGCGCAGAUGACAAUUUCACACUUUUCCAUAACAUUUUACCGCUAUUUGAUGCUAACACUCUGACUUAUAUUUCACUCAAUUUUACACUCUUGGAGUUGUUCCUGUGGUUCUUUUUAAAGGUCAUCUCAACUAAUAACGACUCACUAAUUAACAAGUACGACGUUUUGUUUAUACUGUUCCUGAAUCAAAGAGAACUGGAUACUACAAGUGACAGGAUAGGAAGAGUGGAUUCAAUAGAACAAACGUAUUUUGAAGAUUCUGAGAAUGUAGACAUGGAAAAUAUUGACACCCACGACACGCCAUGUACAGUUAAAAUCGAUAAACUUUUGAGUGUUUUGAGGAGCUUGAUGAGUGUAGUUGACGUGGAAAACUGGAGAUUUAACUUGUAUUUCUGCACUCUACUGCUGAUAUACAGCAGGUAUGUGGUGUAUGAAAACAAGUUCUUUUUCCACGUAUUAAGUCUGUUGAACGACGUUAAUAAUAACUAUCUGCAGUCUGUGGCCUUUCAGUACAUACUCAUCACACUCAUGAGUCUGAAUAGUGGUAGAGUGGCCGAUCCUGUGAUCAAGAAAAAGUUGCUAGAUCUCGGUGUCAUGGGCAGGAUAUUCAACGGCCUAGUAUACUGUAACCACGAUGUAAACACUCUGUCGUCGAAUAACCUGUCCAGUAUAGUAAUGAAUGUGAUUAAAUUUGACAAGUCAUGGCCUAGGAAUAGGAUUCCAAGCAAUUCAACCAUAUUGUCCAAGUACAACUUCUUUUUAUCAUAUCAUUACUUCAAGUUUCUAAUGAUCAACUCCCAAACGCCCGAGAAGCACGUCGAGUCUCUAGAAGCAAUUUUACAAAACCUCAUUCAAAUCUCGAGUGAUUAUAUCGAAUAUCAUCUGAGCCUGAUGGAGAUAAUGGGAGGAGUGUUGAAGUGUGUAUUAGAGUUGUGGAGCAGGUGUGGAAAUCUAUUUCCUAAGUUUAUGUCAUUUUUGUCAAAACAUCUGAGUGAGAUUAAACUUGAGUAUAUGGUACAUUAUAUGGACGCAAUGAGACUGGUGUUACAAGGUAAAAAUGACUUUCAACCACUCAUCAACUUUCUACUACACUGUAACGUGAACCAUAUGGACACUGUUGGAGCAGCGAGUGACAAUGGAGCACUGUGUGAUGAAAUAAAGCAGCUGAAGUUAUUCCAAGUGCUUUUACAGGAGAAUAUCAAAAUUGAUGAACAGGUGUUAUCAAAGAAGAUGGAGUUACUGUUGAAAGAUAUUGGAGUAAAGUCGUUCAAGAUAAGAAAUGAGAUUUAUACAAUAGUAGCCUAUGUAAGAGGAUUUUAUGGCAUGAAGUUGGAAGUGCCAGACGACCCAGUUUUCGUAACGACCUACUACAAGAUGAACCUGUACAACUUGGAUGUAGAAGGAAUAUCAGGCCAUAUUAAUACUAUACAAAAUGAAAAACUGACAAACGAUAUUUACAACGUUAUAUCUCACGUGCCAAGGGAUAAAAUACACUGUGUAGUAAAGCAGUUGGUAAGAAAUAUUGAUAAUAAAAGACUGAAGCUACUCGAUAUGAUUUUCUUCGAUAACGUUUUCUACAUAGUUAAUACCAAAACUAUAAGACUACUGUUCAACAGUUAUAUUAACAAGUUGAAUGCGAAAUCGAACUUAACAAAUGUUAUCUCAUCACUGAAUGAUGAAACUCUGAAUAGGAUCAUCGGUAAAAUUGAUAAAAGCUUAAAUAACAUCGACGUCAUCAUCUGUAUCGUUAAUAGCAUCAAAUACAACAUACCCAAAUGGCUACCAACUCUCCUGCUAUCAUUGGUGAAAAAGUAUUAUAAUAGAGAGAAUAAGACGACGAUAGAGAGUACAUUGCAGGAUUUUUUCAAGUUACAUUGCGACGACUGGAAACAGAUUUACUGCAACACAUUCACAAAUGAACAGUUACAAGUCUUGAAUAUUUACAAAGGCUCGCCACUAUACUUUAACUAGGCUAAUAAGGUUUCUACAAUUCACUCCAUUAUCAAUAAAAAAGUAUCAACUCUGCUAAAGUGUCAUAAAAAGGUGUAAACUCUACAUUAGCGUCAUAAGGUGUAGACUAUGCUAUAAUUGCAUUCAAUAACACCUUCAUUACUCUACUUUAAUUAGAGUCCAAACGGUUGUCAACUCAACUGUAAUUAACCUAAAUAAACGGCUCUAAACACUCUUGUAAUUAAGCUUAAUUUUCUAUGUAACUGUGGGGAAAUUGCUGUUACACAUUUUAAUUUAUUUUUA